CCUAAACUUUGGACAGCGUGAGUAUCUGACCUGUGCAAAAAUCUAUUUUCGGCCCCCAAAAUGGUUAAAACCGGUAAGCUUCGAUAUGGACCUGGAUCGAAACUUAAACGCUGGAAGAAGGGACAUAGCAGCGACUCAAACCCGCAAACGAAUCGUUUUCGACAGGCUGCGAAAAGUCGGUUUGUUAGCCGACCCACUGAAAAGAGCGAUCUAACAGUUGAUGCUCUUAAACUACACAAUGAGCUGCAGGCUGGCCCACUGGAGCUCGGUGCUAGUGGCCGUAAAGAUGCCUGCAUGGAUGUGGAGCCAGAUCGGGCUGGAUCAGAGAGAACCUCAGGCACCUUUCUCAGUGGUUUGUCUGACUGCUCCAACUUGACCUUUAGAAAAGUGCAGCGCUACUGGGAGUCCAAUUCAGCAGCUCACAAAGAAAUUUGUGCAGUUUUGGCAGCGGUUACUGAUGUCAUCCGAGCUCAGGGAGGGAAAGAGACAGAAACGGAAUACUUUGCAGUUCUGAUGACCACCCUUGAGGUUGUGGAUUCCCCAGAGUCCCAAGCAGCUGUGGCGUACCUGCUGAACCUCGUCAUGAAACGAGUUCCUGCACCGGUACUCAUCUCUAAGUUCUCAGAUACUGCCAAAGCCCUGAUGGAUGUUAUGUCCAAACAGGCCACAUGUGACACCUCCCCGGCUCUUCGAUGGGUCCUUUCCUGCUUGGCCACUCUUUUGAGGAAGCAGGAUGUAUCUGUCUGGACUUACCCAUCCACUCUUCAGACCUACCACGGCCUGCUCAGCUUCACCGUGCACAGUAAACCUAAGGUGCGUAAAGCAGCUCAGCAAGGUGUGUGCGCCAUCCUCAGAGGCAGUGACUUUUUGUUUGCAGAUAAAGCUCCGUCCCAUCAUCCCGCAGCCUUGACUACUGCAAAGUUCUGCAUCAAAGAAAUGGAGCAGGCUGGAGGCAGCAAGGAGGACACCACCACACUACAUGUACUGGGGCUUCUGAAGGAGGUACUCGGGUGUUUCCCUCUGGGAGCUGUCAAGUCAUGUUGCGAGACUCUGCUGCGAGUGAUGACUCUAAGCCAUGCGCUAGUGACAGCGAGUGCUAUGCAGGCCUUCCAUAGGCUAUUCAGCGGGAAUCCAAAUGCCUCAACCCUUUCCCCAGAACUCAACGCACAGAUCAUAACGGCUCUGUACGACUACCUGCCCAGUGAGAACGACCUGCAGCCUCUGCUGGCCUGGUUAGCUGUCAUGGAGAAAGCCCACAUCCACUUGGCAAGUAUGCAGAGUUCUCUGAGUAUGGGUCACCUCCCUCGCCUCUUCUCUGCCGCCAUGUCCUGUCUGCUGUCCCCUCAUGCACAGGUGGUUUCUGCAGCCACAAGCACGCUUAAGACCGUGCUGACUGAAUGUGUAGCCCCUUGCAUGGAUGAAAUGGGCGUGAUCCCUGCCACAGCCUCUGCAGGAAACCCCUCUUAUGUUUGCAAAAUGUUCCAUAUCGUAGAAGAAGGACUGUCCUACCGCUUCCAUGCUUCAUGGCCGUUUGUACUGCAGAUUCUGGGUUGCUUCUACAGAAUCGCUGGAAAGCAGGCUCAUCCAGUUAUGACCAAGUCUCUGCAGGCUUUGGCAGACCUGCGCUCCACACAUCAGUUCCCCUUCUGUGGUGAACUGGACUUGGCUGUAGGAGGUGCUGUAGAGAGCAUGGGACCGGACAUUGUGCUGAGUGCUGUGCCUCUCAAUAUCACAGGCUAUGAUGAUGACUUGGAGUUCCCACGCAGCUGGCUUGUACCAGUCAUACGAGAUAAUGUAAAGAAUACUCAUCUUGCCUUUUUCACUUCUUAUUUCCUCCCUUUGGCCAACACACUCAGACAGAGAGCUGAAGAGUUGGAGCAGGCAGGUCAGAAGCUGGAGGCUAAAGUAUAUCAAACCUUACAGCUUCAGAUUUGGACCAUGCUCCCUGGUUUCUGUACGUGUCCUGUGGACUUGUUGACGUCCUUCAAAGGUAUUGCUCGCACACUUGGCAUGGCCAUUAAUGAACAGCCAGACCUGAGGCUCACAGUUUGUCAAGCACUCCGCACCAUCAUCAGCAAGAGCUGCUGCACCGAGGAAGAAAAGGCUGAAGUGGGCCGUUUCUCGAAGAACUUCCUGCCCAUCCUCUUCAAUGUUUACAGUCAGCAGCCUUCAGAUGGAGAGACUGCCACCUACAGGAUGGCUGUUCUAGACACGAUCAAGGUCUACCUGACUGUUACUGAAAUGCAGAUGACCUGUACGUUUCUACAAAAAGCCACAGAGAGAUUGAGCAGCACGGAGAGCACUGAGUUCACACGACUGUCGAUGAUGGACUUAGUGGUUGCCAUGGGACCUUUUGUUGAUGUCGUUACGAUGAAUAACACCUAUGAGCUGCUUCAGCCGUUUUUGGAGAUUGAAGAGCCUGGCAUGCAGAAGAAGGCUUACCGUGUGCUGGAGGAGAUGUGCGGUGGAGAGCGAGAUGAGUGUCGCUCAUUUGUUAUGACUAAUCUAGAAAGUCUCAAAGUUGUCCUGCUUAGUACUCUGAAACAGGUGUCUUCACCUGCAAAGAGACCUCGACUGAAGUGUCUGAUCCAUAUUGUGAAAAGGCUGGAUGUGGAACACAAAGAUUUUAUCACCGCCCUGCUGCCAGAGGUGAUUGUUUGUACUAAGGAGGUGUCUGUGGGAGCUCGAAAGAAUGCCUACAAUCUGCUGGUGGAAAUAGGAAAUGCAUUUGUCCGCUUUUGUGGUAAAAAGCAUGAUGCCAUGGAGCAGUAUUUGGUGUUGGUGUACGCUGGGCUCACAGGGUCCGUCACCAUGAUCACCUGUACUGUGCUGGCGCUGACUCGACUGGUAUUUGAGUAUAAAGACUCCAUAGAGUUGGCCACCAUGGAACAACUCCUGCAAAAUAUUUGUCUGCUCCUGACAUCUCGUACCAGGGAGAUAGUAAAAGCAGCUCUGGGGUUCAUCAAGGUCAUCCUUUUCAUCGUGGAUCCCAAGACACUGGCCUCACAUGUGACUGUCAUGAUGGAGGGCAUUGGGAACAUCAAAGAUGAUGUCAGGAGGCACUUUAGAACCAAACUGAAGAAUAUUUUCACAAAGUUGAUAAGAAAGUUUGGUUUUGAGCUGGUGAAGAGCAUGCUGCCUACAGAACACCACAAGGUUCUUAUAAACAUCCGUAAAGCUGAGGCCCGCAGUAAGAGACGGAAACAGGCUGCGGAGCAGCACGAUGAAUCUGAAAGUGAAGACGAGGUGCCAAAAGCAAAGAAUGAAAGCAUUGAAGACAUCCUCGCUGAGUCAGACAGCGAGUUAUCAGACAGUGAAGGAAAAACGCAGGAUGUUCAGAAGAAGGCGGGCAAACAGCAGAAAGGACGGGCCUGGCUUAAAGAAGGAGCAGAAGAUGAUCCUCUCAAUUUCUUGGACGCUAAGGUUUCCCAGAGGGUUCUGGCCACUAACCCAGAGCGGAAAAAAAACACCAAAGUCGAACAUGGCUUCAAGGUGACGUCAGACGGGCGGCUCAUCAUCAAGGAAGAGGAAGAGGAGGUUAAUAAAAACAAAGAUGACGGCGAGAUGAAAGAUAUUCUUGAAGAGGUUGGAGCAAAGAGUAAAAAGUCCAGGAAGAGGAAGUUUCGAGAUGACAACUUUGACGAGGACAAGGACAUAGAGCCCGAGUUAAAAUAUAAAGCUGGCGGUUCAGGAAUCCACAGACCAUUAGGACGCAGUCGAGAGACUGGAGCCGACUACAAGUCAAAGAAAGGAAAAGGAGAUAUAAAGAAAAAAGGGAAGUUGGACCCGUAUGCCUACAUCCCUCUGAAGAAGUCUCAUCUGAAUCGCAGGAAGCGUGCCAAGCUGCAGGGCCAGUUCAAGGGCAUGGUGAGAGGAGUCCAAAAGGGGGCGCUAUCAGGAAAGACACUGCAGAAGAGAAAGCAGAAGUCCUGAAGGGCAUCAUUUAUGGACUUGUUUUUGGAUGCUCUUUGUGUGCGCUUGCGUGUGUCAGAGAGAUGCAUACUGCACCUUAGUCAUGAGUGAUUUUUUUUUUUUUUCCCUGCUUUGAUGAAUGGAGCUAUUUGAAAACAAAGAUUUCCCCUACACAUCUGAAACAUCCAUGUUGAUGUCACAUGACUAUACGUGAUCUGUGCGAUGGUAAACCUGCCAGACUUGCUGUCAUGCAAAUCCUAAUAACUGAUUAAAUGGUAAAUCAUUUGGCUGUAAAAUAAAGUAUGCAGUAUUUAUCAAAAUUACAAAUGGUCUAAAUGCAUAUUUUUCUUGUCAUUUUUAUUGUAAAUUCAUAUUUCUGAAAAAGAACAUUUUUCACUGUGAAAGUUAAAUGAUCUUUGCAGACAAUUAAAAACUAUGAAAAAUGAUUUGCUGCAACACUGACCAUUUGCGAUUACUUUCCUGUAUGUUUUCCAGCUGAAUGUUGUUUGAGUGCAUUCAUUUGUUUUUUCCACCUUGGAAUCACAAGGAGAUUUAGAUGUGGUCUUUGACUUGGUCAUUAUUGAAAU